UUCUGGGAGUUGUAGUCAGCCGGGCCCCCAGUGCGCGCGCGUGCGGCCAGACGACGUUCCUUUGUGCUAGUGAGAGGUACCGUCUCCAUGGUAACCGUUUGGGCCGACCAGGAGGUCUCCAAGGCAACCCGGGGAUUCUGCGGGUGUCUGAAAAGCGAUGAGGAAUUGAGGUGCUACUUUGACCUGGACAGGCAAGAAGCCUGUCCCACCACUGUACUUCACUUAAUAAUUUACUCAGCAAGCGACUACUGGAUGCUUGCAAAGUGUCAGGAACUAUUCUGGGCCUGGGACAAAGCAGAAUGAUCAACAGACACAGCUCCUGCCCUCAGAGAGGCCAAGAGUCUGCCAUUGUCGGCACAGUGGUAGCUACUGUGGAGGGGCAGGGGAUAGAAAGCUCGUCGAGGUGUUUAGCACAAGAAGGUGGAAUGAAGACAACCCCCCACCUGCAGAUGUUGGGGAAGGCACCCCUUGGUGGGAUUGGCCUCCGUCAUGGUGGCAAGCGGGACCGGAAGUCCAUCACCUUACACAUGAAGUUGGAAGUGCUUCGGAGGUUUGAGAAGGGUGAGAAGCUGACGCAGAUUGCCCGGGCUCUGGGGCUGGCCACGUCCACUGUCGCCUCGAUUCGUGUCAACAGGGACAAGAUCUGGGCCAGUUCCCAGGCGGCUACGCCUGUCAGUGCCAAGCAGCUGACCCGCUGCCGGGGUGUGGUGAUGGGCCACAUGGAACGCCUGCUGAGCCUGUGGAUUGAGGAGCAGAAGCAGCAGGACCUGCCCAUCAGCACACUGCUCAUCCAGGACAAGGCACGCCGUCUCUUUGCACAGCUGCAGCACGAGCAGGGUGCCGGCACCCAGGCUGAAACCUUUGGGGCCAGCAAUGGCUGGUUUGCCCGUUUCAAGGCACGCCACAAUGUGCUGUUGACGGACGAGCCAGCCGUGGCUGAUGCCCAGGCUGCCGCCUGCUACCCACUAUUGCUGCGCACCAUUCUGGAAGAGGGCCGCUACUCACCGCACCAAGUCUUCAACGUGGAUGAGACGGGCCUGUUCUGGAAGCGGGUGCCUGAGCGCAUGCUGCUGGCGCUGGAGGGGGUGGCCAGCCCCGGGCCCAAAGCCCCUAAGGACCACCUGACCCUGCUUCUCGGUGGCAACGCAGCUGGUGACUUCAAGCUGAAGCCCCUGCUGGUGUACCCCUCGGAGAACCCACGUGCACUCAAAGGCUGCUCCAAGGCCAGCCUGCCCGUGAUCUGGCGCUCCAACCGCAACGACUGGCUGACACCCAGCAUCUUCCAGGAGUGGUUUACCGGCUGCUUCUGCCCUGCCGUGGAGAGCUACUGCACCAGCCAUGGCCUCCCCCACCGUGUCCUGCUGCUCCUGGACAGUGCACCCUGCCACCCUGCCCACUUGGGCAGCUUCUCAACCCAUGUGCACGUCGAGUUCCUGCCAAAGAACACAUCGGCCCUGAUCCAGCCCAUGAACCAGGGCGUCAUCGCAGCCUUCAAGGCCUGUUACCUGCGCCGCACCCUUAGCCAGCUGGUCCAGGACACAGCUGGUGGAGACCAGUCCUCUGUGCGGGAGUUCUGGCGCAGCUAUACUGUCAUGACUGCAGUGUAUAACAUUGCCCAGGCCUGGGCGGACCUGCAGACUGCCACCAUGAACAGUGCCUGGAGGAAGCUCUGGCCCGAGUGUGUGCCCGCUGGCACUUCAGAGCCUGAUGCCGUGCUCCAUGGCAGUAUUGUAGCACUGGCCAGCCACGUGGGCCUUGGGGACAUGGCUGAGGCCCGUGUUGCCAGCCUGCUGCAGGCCCAUGUGGAGUCCACACCCCGCAGGGUCCCCCAGGAUGCAGAGAAUGGGGAUGCCAGUGGCUCUGGGCUGCCCUGGAAGGCAGCAAAAGGCCUGGCCCCUGAAAGACCAGAACUGGAUCUCACUGAGGCCAUGGUGGGUGUAGAGACUGAGGAAGCUGGGCCGGGUGCCUUGAGCCCUGAGCACCUGGCCCAGGUCCUGUCCCACUUCACUGCUGGCCUACAGGUCCUCGUAGAGAAUGAUCCCAACCGGGAGCGCAGCCUGCAGGUGUCCCGGGAUGUCCACGGUGCCCUCACCCGCCUCUGGGAGCUGUACCGGCAAGGGAGGCGACAGGCUCGAGCAGCUGCAUCUUCAGGAGGCCCUGUGGUAGCAGCAAGGGCACUAGCAGGAAGCCUGCACUUGACCCAGCCCACAGCACUGCCCCCUGGACCCAGUAGGAAUCCCUGCCAGCGCUUCAGCAGCUUUUGGUAUGAGGAGGCAGCAGGUCCCUAUGAGGCCCUGGCCUGGCUGCGUGCACUGUGCCACCAGUGGCUGCGACCCGAGGUGCACACCAAGGAGCAGAUGUUGGAGCUGCUGGUGCUGGAGCAGUUCCUGGGCAUGUUGCCACCUGACACCCGGGUCUGGGUGGAGUCCCAGGACCCUGAGAGUGGGGAGGAGGCCAUGGCGUUGGUGGAGGACCUCGCCCAUGUGUUGAGGCAGAAUGGUAAGCCAGGGGCCCAGGGCAGGGCAGCAGGCCUGGGUGUGGGGACUGCAAGGGACAAAACCCAUGGUCCUAGGUCCUGAGUGCCUGCCAGCUCUGCCCAGGCCCUCAGUGUUCUUAUCACUGGGAAGCCGACUCAGGCUGCAACUUGUUUGGGGCCUUUCUAAGCCUCUGAGCCUCCCAGCUUGAGGUUGGCGUGAUAUCUCACCCUUUCAGGGUGCACUGGGUCUCCUUUCUCUUCCUUUUCUCUUUCCUCACAAGGUCCCUACAAGUGUAUGCCAUUUGACAGGCCCUGUGGGUCUGGCAGGAAAGGAGACAGGCAAGGUCCCUGCCCCAUUGGAGCCUAGUAUGGUUGGAGACUUGGACAGAGACCACCAGUCACAAUUAGGGUGUCUUUCUUUUUCUGCAGGGGUUGGGGACAAGAAGAGGUAAGCGCAGAGGUCAGCCUAGCCAAGGGUGGCUUUGCAGUUCUUGCUAUGUGACAUCCUCACCUUGGACUCCACAUGUGAACCUGUGAGGAGGUGACAGCCAUCCUUUACCCUUGCAUCUGUGCACUCACUGCUCACACAUGCCUAUGGCGUGCCUCUUGCCUGCUUGGCCCUCUGUAUCAAGAAGUAGAAACCAUAGCACUUUAACAGAAAACAGCAUUACUAAGCUAUAAUUCACAUACCCAAAAAGGGUACAGUUUGUGGGUUUUAAUAUACAGUAUUCACAAAAUUAUACUGCUAACACCACUGUCUUGAUGCUAUAAUUUAAUCACUUCCAAAGAAACUCCAUGCCUGUCAGCAGUCAAUCUGUUCUUCCCUCUUUGAAUGUCCUGACGGCCACUAAUCUGCUUUGUGUCUCUGGAUUUGCUUAUUUUGGGCAUUUCAUUAAAUGGAAUCAUACAUUAUGUGGCCUUUUAUAACUGGCUUUCAUUGAAUACAGUAAGUCCUCAGUGUUGUUGAUAGGUCCUGUGACUUUAAGGGAAGUGAUGUAUUAUAAAACCCACUUUCUCACAGGCUAAUUGAUAUGAACAAGAGUUAAGUUCCUAUGGCAUCUCAUCAUGUUCUAGUGAAAUGCUGAAUGAAACGAUGUUAUUCGAAGACCUCCUCAAUAAAGUUUUCAAUGUUCAUCAUGUUGUAGCACGUCAGCACCUCUCUCAUUUUUGUGGCUACAUAACAUUUUGUUGUGUGGAUAUACACCACACUGUAGUCAUUUGUCCGUUAAUGGGUAUUUGGGUGGUUUGUACCUUUUGGCUACUGUGAAUACUGCUGCUGUAAACAUGUACAUGUUUCUUUGUGGACAAACCUUUCCUUUUUCUUGGUUUUACACCUAGGGGUGAAAUUGAUGGGUCAUGUAGUCACUUUGACCUCGUGAGGAACUGCUAUCACACCACCUGUUUUUUGUUUUAAUUUACUUUUUUUUUUUUUUUAAGAUUUUAUUGGGAAAUUGGGGGAAGGGAACAGU